UAACUUGCUUUUGUAUAAUCUCCCUAGAAAGAAUAAAGAUUACCUCACUAAUUGUGAACAUUUAGAAGCAGACUUGAAGCGUAAUAUUGUAUCUAGUAGCAUGACAAUUGUUAUGGGGACUUCUGGUUGUGGCAAAACUCGCCUAUGUUUGGAACUUUUAUGUCGCAACUAUGGCCUGUAUUUUGUUGCUGUACCAUUAAGUUUUGGAGCCAAAGACUUUGAAGAUGCAUCAGUUUGGACAAAGAAUGAGAUUCAUGAAAAAGAACCUGAUAAGGCGAAAAAACUUGCAGAGCGGGCAGUAUAGAGUUGUAUCACUGCACGUCUGGUAUUGAUUAAUCAUCUCAUUGAGAUGGCUGAAAAACUUAAAUGUGAGAUGGAACCCAAAUCUUGGUUAAUCUUCCAACUAAGUCAUCAACUUAUCAAUCUAUUACCUGUAAAAUUUCGUGACAUAGUGGAUGAGGAAGCUCUUAAAGAAUAUCGCCUUAAUAUUAUUAAAAGUAUUGAUA